UGAACUGGACAAGCUGGCAUUUAGCUCAGACGGAGUACCGCUCUAUUUAUUCACUCAUCUUUUGGACUACAUACAAGCAGUCAUACGUGACUGAUAAACUAUGAACUGACACAUUCCAAUGCCACAUAACAUCUGACGCAGUAUAUAGUUCUGUCCAGUUGCCACCUUAUCAGUCAUCAGCCAUCAACACCCAUCUGAUAACUCUAUCAGAUCUACGCCUCUCAACCACCAACCACCACCACCACCACCACCACCACGAACAGAAUAAUCACAUCUGCUGACAGAGUCAGGGAGAGGUCUCAAAAUGACAUCCCCCUCCCACCGGCGCCUCCUAAAAGAAGCCUCCGAACUCGCCUCCCACCCCUCCCCGCACUUUACCGCCCACCCCGUCUCCGACUCCAACCUCUACGACUGGCACUUCACCCUCGCCGGCCCGCCCUCUCCCUCCCCUACUCCGGCGGCAUCUACCACGGCCGCAUCGUGCUUCCACCCACCUACCCUUUACGUCAACCGCGAGAUCUGCCUCAGUAUCUCGGGCCACCAUGAGGAGACGUGGCAGCCUGCGUGGGGGAUACGGACGGCGUUGCUGGCGCUGAGGAGUUUCAUGGAUGCGGAUGCGAAGGGGCAGGUUGGGGGUUGGAUGUUGACGUGGAGCCGGGGGAGUAAUGAGGAGGUGCUGAGGGAGUGGAGGGAGGUGUGUCGCGCGAAAGGGGUGGUUGUUGAUGAUGAUGAUGAUGAGGAGGAGGCCGCCAGUACUACCGCAGAGAGACCUUCGGGAGAUACUGAGCCGGAUCCAGAUCGAGAACCGGAGGAUACAAAUGCAAAUGCAAAGACGGAGACGGGGACGACGGCGACGUCUCAGAAGGAAUCGGAAUCACUGCCGUUGAGGGAUGCUGCGCCGCAGCAGCAGGUACCGGGACCGUCUGCGUCUGUGGCUGCUCUUGCAGAAGCAGCUGCACCUGCACCAGCGCCCACACGCACGACACCAGUCCAGACUACGACUGCGACUACUUCUCGACCUACUGCAUCAGAUGCGCCAUGGCUGGAUCGAGCCAUCCUGGGGGUUCUUGUCGCGUUGGCCUUUAUGAUCGUACGGCGGCUUGCAAAGUCGGAGGAGUAUUAGCUAUUAGCGCUGUUCUUCUACGGGUGGGCUGGUCCCGGGGGAGUUUUUGGAUAUCUUAAUGGUUUUUUGGUUGAAGUUUGGUACAUACAUGGAGCGAUGUUUAUUCCAAGGUUUUGCUUUCAAGUCUGAACACUUUAUUUAAGGUCGGCGUUUCCAUGACAGUACUACUAUACAGCUUUUUUGACAGAUAUCGUUACAUCAGAGAGUCAAUUGUUAGAUAUCAUGCCAACACCAUCCACCACCAU